GAGCGGCGGAGCUGCGCGCGCAGGUGGGAGAACCAGGCCGUUGCAGGUGAGCGGAGUUCUACGCACGUCUGAAAAGUUGAGAUAGCAAGACCAAGACUACUAUGGAAGAUUUUGAUGGGGACUUCUGUCACAGAAAAGCCAUUGUGUCUGAAUUAUGUUGCAAUCAGAUUGCUGCAAACAUCCUGGUACAGGAUCUCAGAACCUUGGUGGCUUUUACUGACCCAGAGGAUGGAAUACUGGUUCAAACUCCAGAUGGUGUUAAACACCCUCUGAGAAGCAGCUGAAAAACGUAUCUGGCUGCAGAAAGACCCAAAUCAAGGUAGUUUAAACAAGUGAUCAUCAAGAAUGGGAGACGAAGGUGCAGGCGAACCCUUUGUGGGUACAGUGACUGGUGGGGCCACAGAUUACGAAGGCAUCCUUCCCUCAGAUACAAUUUCCCUGAGUGACUCCGAUUCAGAAGAUUUUGAGUUUGCAGGCAGUGCUGAAGUUGAUGUUGUGUCCCCUGACGAGCCGCUUCCUUCAGAUGAUGUGGAUUAUGAAUCAAAGAAGAGUGGGGAUUCUUUGCACAGCAGCCAAAAAUCAUUUGUUCAACCUUUUCAUUUGAAAGGCAUGAGUUCAAGCUUUUCACAGCGCAGCCAGAACAUUUUUGAUUGUCUGGAAGGAGCAGCCAAACAGGCAGUGCCCUUGACAGCUGAAGACAAUGUCAUUGAUAGAAGGUUUAAACGCCCUCUGCCACCACCCAGCAUUUCAAACAAGAUGCCUGCGGAAAGCUUUGGAAGACAACGUGAGCCAAUUCAGUCUUAUAAAUGUUCCCCGCCAGUACCUGAUUAUGUGGCCCAUCCAGAACGCUGGACCAAGUACAGUUUGGAGAAUGUGGCAGAAUACAGUGAUGAUACCAACAGAUCAAUUGCAAUGGAGUUCUUGAGUGGCUUGAACAAGGGUAGAAAGGAGCAGAGUUCAACACAUCCUAAACAUUAUGCACCAUCUUUCAACCAGGAUGCUUCUAGCUCUGGUGCAGGAAGAAUUAUCUUUACCAAACCAGUAAAGACAGGCUUAGACAGAUCAGGAAAAAAAAGAGGAGCUUCAACAGAGGAAGAGUUGGAGGCCAACAUUAUUAAUGCAAACCAAGAGGCCAGAGGAAGGCCUCUGGAUAACUUGGCUGCCCAGAAUAAAGGUGAUGUACUAGAUCCCUCAGAAAGCAGAGAAAAAGAAAAGGAAGAUUGUGAGCCAUUGAAAUUGGAAGAACAAGAUGCUCAAAAAGCCAACACAGGUUCUCCAGAGGUGCAAGAAGAGAAUGUGACGACAACUGUAGGGUUUCAUGGUAGCAAGAAAAGGAGUAGGAAACAUUUCCGACCCAAAAGUAAUGAUGAAGAAGAAUCCUAAAAGCUAGAAACCUUAUAUUUGUCCAGUGAUAGCUUACUCAAAAUAUUUUCUUCAUCAUUUGCAUGAAUUCGGGCAGUUUGUUUUCCUUAACAUGCUUGUUAUUGUGACUAAAAAUACUAGUAACUUUGCCCUUUCCAACAAAAUCCUGCUGUAUUUUGCAAUAAAAAUUAUAAGACAUUUAUAUGAUAGUCCAACAAUAUAGACCGAGUUUCUGUUUAUGAAGGGAGGCUCAGCUAUUCAUACCAAAACUUUUGACAAUAUACUGUAAUGAUAUCUCUACCAAUUCAUAACUGACAAAACAUAGCCUGUGGAUGAGGUGCAAGAUUUAUCAGUUUAUUGUAGUUGAGGCGAAGAUUUAACCAGUAUUAUUCAACAGUGUGAAUGAAAGUAAAAGCAUGAAAUAUGACAACAACUAUGUUGUUUGACUAGAGACAAGAAAAUGUAAACAUACAGUACGUUAAGAUCAUAGGAAAAAUGUUAAGGAAUUGGAAGAGAUAUUUUCUAAAAUUAAAAUGCAGUCAACUAAGCCAUGCUUAGACUUGAUUGGUUCAGACUGUUGAAUUGCCACAACUUCCUUGAAAACUGAAAGGUUUUUUUUCCUCCAUACAUGAGAGCUUCUAAAAUACAGAGAUUUGUGGUGGCCUAACUGUGUUUAUGUAAGAAUAAAGGAGCUUAAAAUAAGGUUUGUAGCUGAAUAUCCAUUUGAUAUUUUUUGGUGUCAAUAAAACUUGGGAACAACUGCUUAAUUAGGUUCAAAAUUCUGUACUUGCAUGGUAACAGCCAUUUGUGUGAAAAACUAUUUUUCUCUCUACUCUUGUAUGGUGCCCCUUUUUACCAAUUAGCUCUUUUCUACUUGUCACACUUUCUUGUCUUUGCAUAUAAAGAAGCAAGAUGCCGUUUCAUUCAGCUAAAGUUCUCUUGUACAGCUCCCCAGCAUUAUUCUCCCCUUUGCAUGUUGUCAGGCGCACAAAAUUUGGUCAUAAAUAAACACAUUGGUUGGAAC